GUUCCCAAAGACUUUGGGUGCCCCCGUCUCAGGAUCUUCACUUUGAGCUUGUGCAUCACCAUAUGUUCACCCGCUACCUCUUAAGGCAAAAUUAAUUCGCUGAAAAAUUAACAUCAUGGCAAUCGGGUUUCUGAUUUGGGCUCUGAUCACAGCUCUCUCAGCCUUUACUUUGAAGUUAGCUUUCAGCAUAAUCAGUGGUAUAAGGAACAGAAACAGAGCCGUGGGGUUCUUCCAUCCGUACACCAACGAUGGCGGCGGCGGAGAGCGAGUGCUGUGGUGCGCCGUCAAAGCCAUCCAAGAGGAAAUCCCUGAUCUCGAUUGCGUCGUCUACACCGGCGACCACGACGCCUCGCCUCAGAGCUUGACGGCCCGAGCUCUCGAUCGCUUCGGGGUCAAGCUGCUCUUCCCACCCAAGGUGGUGCAUCUGUAUAAAAGGAAGUGGAUUGAAGAAACCACUUACCCUCACUUCACAAUGAUUGGUCAAAGUCUGGGUUCAGUCUAUCUCUCAUGGGAAGCUUUGUGCAAAUUUACCCCCUUAUAUUAUUUUGACACCAGCGGAUAUGCUUUUACGUAUCCGCUUGCCCGGAUAUUUGGGUGCAAAGUUGUCUGCUACACACAUUACCCUACUAUCAGUUUAGACAUGAUAUCUCGUGUUCGCGAUAGGAGCUCGAUGUAUAACAACGAUGCCUUGAUUGCUCAGAGCAUUUGGCUAUCCCGGUGCAAAAUCAUCUAUUACACAAUCUUUAGCUGGAUGUAUGGGUUUGCAGGCUCUUGUGCACACCUUGCAAUGGUCAACUCUUCAUGGACUGAGUCUCAUAUUGAAAAGCUUUGGAGAAUUUCUAACCGAACUAAGCGAGUGUAUCCUCCUUGUGAUACUUCAGGACUCCAGGUUCUUCCUUUGGAUAGACCAUCUAAAACUCCAAUAAUUAUAUCUGUUGCUCAAUUUCGUCCAGAGAAGGCACACACUCUCCAACUUGAGGCCUUUUCAGUCGCCCUUAAAAAGUUAGAUGCAGACUUGCCUAGACCAAAGCUUCAGUUUGUGGGUAGUUGUCGAAACAAAUCAGAUGAGGAAAGGCUGCAAAAUUUGGAAAAUAGAGCUAUUGAACUGAAGGUGGAUGGGGACGUGGAAUUCUAUAAGAAUCUGAUGUACAGGGACUUGGUGAGACUUUUGGCUGGUGCUGUUGCAGGAAUCCACUCCAUGACAGAUGAACAUUUUGGCAUUAGCGUCGUAGAGUAUAUGGCUGCAGGCGCAAUCCCAAUUGCUCAUAAUUCUGCUGGACCAAAAAUGGACAUCGUCUUAGAAGAAGAUGGACAACAAACAGGAUUUCUUGCUCGCAGUGUGGAAGAAUAUGCAGAUGCCAUCCUGAAAAUUAUAAGGAUGCCUGAAACUGAGAGGCUCCAGAUGGCUGCCGCUGCAAGGAGACGGGCAGGCAGAUUUUCUGAGCAAAGAUUUUAUGAAGAUUUCAAAGCCGCGAUCCGACCUAUUCUAUGCCAUGGUUCCAAAUGAUGGACUAAUAACACAUACAGCUUUUUACUUGUAACUCAGUCCAGUGGACAUCUUUCGCCUUUGCCCAUUUAGUUGUAACUUGUAACCCUAAUUGAAAGGUGGAUGAAGUUUUUUGUUGUCAAAAUGGCUGACGACAUUUUUGAUCUCCAAUAUAGUUGAAUGGAUCUCAAUUAUAAUUGAUCUCCACUAUGGCCUCAUGGUUUUAAUGGCCUGUGACCUUUGUUAGUUACAUUAAAAAAAAAGUUAAAUUCUUUUUUAUCUAUCUAUAAAAUAGUUUUCCUGAUUA